UGCUUCCUCCAUGAGAAUUGCCGUCAUAUCCGACGAAGAUUGCCUCCAAACAUGAUGCAGCUUCGCAACACCCUUCACUGUGAGGCGAUAGAAGACCAUGUGGCCGACGACUUCAACAGCCGGCAAUGGUUUUUGCUCCCCUUUCGACGCAAGCGCGACUCAACUUGCCUCAACACCGUCGGAAGCAUAUUUUGCUACAAACUCACUUCGGUUUGUACCUCCUUUUGUACGGAAAUUCCGACGACCAUUGCUCUGAGGUUCCCGCGAAUGAGCCCAACCCACUGGCUGGAGUAUGGCUGGCAUCCGAGUCCAAAAGAGGCACCGACGGGCAUGCAAAUCGCAACCUUCACGUCUCUUCAUGAAAGCAGAUUCAUGCGCCAAAACGAGUCGGCCAUAUUACAACAUUCAAGCUAUGCUUCAGCAUUGGGUUGGCUUCUUGCUCACAAGAAUCUACAUCCCUCACUUAAAAUUUGUCCCAGCACCUACAGAAGGUGUCCUAGAUGCCCUUGCACCAAACCGCCAUAUAGACUUUAUUCUAAAAUCAAGUCUACUGUGCCUGGGUCCUUCGAACUAGGCGUAAAAGUGUGCAUAAAUGGCUGA